GUUCUGCUGUUGGAACUGAAUCCACAUGGGCAAGUCUUUGUGUCCGUGCAAAGCGCUGUUGAGCUUUCGGCAAAUACUUGUUCCCAUGUAUAAAGAUGUCCUUAGUGGACCUAGGGAAGAGGUUGCUAGAAGCAGCUCGCAAAGGCGAAGAUGACGAAGUGCGAAAGCUGAUGGCAAGCGGUGCUCCCUUCACCACUGACUGGCUUGGGACGUCGCCUCUUCACCUCGCUGCCCAGUACGGCCACUAUUCGACAGCAGAAGUGCUGCUUCGAGCUGGUGUUAGCAGAGACGCCCGAACAAAAGUGGACCGGACGCCACUACACAUGGCUGCGGCUGACGGACACACUCAUAUUGUAGAACUGCUAAUUAGGAACGGGGCUGAUGUAAAUGCCAAGGACAUGCUGAAAAUGACCGCUUUGCACUGGGCGACAGAGCACAACCACCGGGACGUUGUAGAGCUGCUCAUCAAAUACGGAGCUGAUGUCCACGCUUUCAGCAAGUUUGAUAAAUCGGCUUUUGAUAUUGCUUUGGACAAGAACAAUCCGGAGACUCUGGUAAUGCUACAGGAAGCAAUGCAGAACCAGGUGAACACUCACCCAGAGAGAACGGAUCCCAUCACCAACACUGUGACUCUCACCUCGCCAUUUAUUCUUGCACCAGGGGAAGUUCUCAAUCUCGCUAGUCUCGUCUCUUCAGCAAAUGCCAAAACAACCUCAGGUGACUCGCAUGUCUCUACGGUGCAGUUUUCCAAUUCAACGACCUCCGUGCUUGCCACGCUUGCGGCCCUCGCUGAAGUAUCGGCACCGCUUUCCAACUCAAACAGAGACACAGGUAAGACGGAGGAAAUAGUGGAAGCAAAUUCUGUCGAUUCUGCCAUACAACAAGUGGUUGGCAGCGCAGGGCAGCGCGUCAUCGCCAUUGUAACAGACGGAGUUCCCCUGGGCCAGCUGCAAACAGCCAUCCCCACCAGCGGCCUCGGCCAGCCCUUCAUCCUAACCAUGCAAGAUGGGCAGCAAGUUUUAACUGUACCUGCUGGUCAGGUUGCAGAAGAGACUGUUAUUGAAGACAGAGAUGACGCAGAAGAGGAAGAAAAGCCACUGGCCAAGAAGCAAAAAGUGGAACAAAACGUAGAUGACUCGAAGGAAGACAAGGACAGCGUUGAAAGGGAAGUGCUACAGCAGCAGUUGCAAGAGGCAAACCGGAAGGCUCAGGAAUAUCGUAGCCAGCUCAUAAAGAAAGAGCAAGAGGCGGAAGAGUACCGGCUGAAGCUGGCAGCCAUGGUGAGGCAGCAGCCCAACGGAGCUGAGGUGGCGGUGCUCGAAGAGGUCGCCGAGGUUGACCCGCUUGUGGUAACCUCAGAAGACAUCAAGGAAUCCGUGCUGUCCAUGCUGGAAACGGAUCAGCCAACUGAUAUUGCUGUGGAAACUGUAACCUCCUAAUCCUCGGUGAUUGACUGGGUUUUGUAAAGGAAAAUAACUUUUUGUUGUUGUUUUUUUUGUUGGGUUUUUUUUUUUGUUAAAUAAGGUGCUGUUGGCAAGCGGUGGUGAGAGCAGAGGGCUGUUGUCAAAGCCACCCCGUUGCCGGGGGUAGAAGCUUCUCCAGCCGCUUGCAGCAUAACUGCUUUCAGCGCGGUGCCAAAAGGUGCUUUUAAAGCUUGACCUUGAGAGAUUGGAAGCUUUUUAACAAAAUUUUAGCCAGAGAGUGACCUGACGGCUUAUUUGGUGAUGUCAAUACCUGCAUUGUUGGGGGGUGGGAAAGAAAUACCUCAUUGCCAAAGCAGCUGGUAUUAGCUCUCAGCUGCCUGGAAAUUACAGCACUGAAAAGAGACUUUCUGCAGUAACCUGAGGUGUUCGCUCCCUUCUGCGAGGUCGAGUGACCGGAGCUGCACCUUCAGAAAAAGUAGUCUCUUGGGGUGUUGCUUUAAAAUCUUGAGAGGUGCGGAGCGGAUUUCCCCUUUCAGCCAAAAAGUGAAUUACAUGUUCUUUUUCUUCCAAAACCAUGAAUCCUUUUGGUUGAGGCAACCUUCAAUGCAAGAGCGAAGGCCGGGCUGGACGUCUGUCAGCCGGAGCAUUUCACGCUAUCGGGGAAUACUACGCCUCGCCCUCUUUGUUUCAGGAGCAAUUUGGGGGAGCUCUUUGUCAGACCCCUUAAUUACCCAAGGGGAUAGCAAAAAAUUCCUCCUCAAUUUUAUGAUAUUUAGUCAAAUGUUCUAUUUGACACUUCUGCGCUGACCGGUAGCGUUAACUGAUUAUGUACGCAGAACUAUACGUACGGCGGCUGCUGCAAGAGAGCUUGGGAGUCGAGCUGUCCCUGGAGAUACGUAUGUCACUUUUAUUUUGUACUAAACAGUUUUUAUUUUUAAAGAUACUAAAACCUUUUCUAACAAACAGCUGAUCUUGUUACUGAAACGUUUGUCUUUUUUUUUUUUUACUCUUUAUGGGCCGGUUUAGUGCAGGGAUCCGUUUAGUACAGCGGAUUAUGGGUUUCAAAGAGCAGGGAACUGAUUGGAAGCACCCCGAAUAAUCGGGUGGAGCUUGAUAAUGAAAGGUUACCAAGUGAAGUU